AUGAUCGUCCGAGAGUCAAGACGCGCCGCGGCGAAGGCGGUCGCUGCCGCUCCACGAUCAGUCAACAGCUCUGUCGCCGCCACAAGCUCCCUCUCCUCCCAAUCCCGGUCCUACGCCACUGUCCAAGAAGGCACCCCCGCGAAACGAACAUAUGGCGGUCUGAAAGAUCAAGACAGGAUAUUUCAGAAUCUAUACGGCCACCAUGGCGCGGAUCUCAAGAGUGCGAAGAAAUAUGGCGACUGGCACCGCACCAAGGACAUCAUUGCCAAAGGCCAUGACUGGCUCAUCAAUGAAAUCAAGGCCUCCGGCCUGCGAGGAAGAGGAGGAGCAGGCUUCCCCUCGGGUCUGAAAUUCUCCUUCAUGAAUUUCAAAGGCUGGGAAAACGAUAAGAAGCCACGCUACUUAGUCGUCAACGCUGACGAAGGCGAACCCGGUACCUGCAAAGAUCGUGAAAUUAUGCGCAAAGACCCUCACAAGCUCGUCGAAGGCUGCCUUGUCGUCGGUCGUGCGAUGAACGCCACAGCCGCCUAUAUCUACAUUCGUGGCGAGUUCUAUCACGAAGCUACAGUUCUACAGCGCGCCAUUCAGGAGGCUUACAAGGACGGUCUGAUCGGCAAGAAUGCCUGUGGUUCAGGCUACGACUUUGACGUGUACCUUCACCGAGGGAUGGGUGCCUAUGUUUGCGGUGAAGAAACCUCUCUCAUCGAAUCGCUGGAGGGCAAGGCUGGCAAGCCACGCUUGAAGCCCCCUUUCCCUGCUGCGGUCGGUCUUUUCGGCUGCCCAUCGACCGUCACCAAUGUCGAGACUGUCGCUGUCUGCCCGACCAUCAUGCGUCGCGGCGCCAAAUGGUUUGCGGGUUUCGGUCGUGAGCGCAAUCAGGGUACUAAGCUGUUCUGUAUCUCCGGACACGUCAACAACCCUUGCACCGUCGAGGAAGAGAUGUCGAUCCCCCUACGAGAGCUGAUCGACAAGCACUGCGGCGGUGUGCGUGGUGGGUGGGACAACCUCCAGGCCAUCAUUCCCGGCGGUUCUUCAACUCCCAUCCUGCCGAAGAAAGUCUGCGACGAUCAACUGAUGGACUUCGACGCUCUCAAGGAUUCCCAGUCAGGUCUUGGUACUGCGGCCGUGAUUGUGAUGGACAAGUCGGCCGACGUCGUCCGCAUGAUCUCCCGCCUCUCAAGCUUCUACAAGCACGAGUCCUGCGGACAGUGCACCCCUUGCCGUGAGGGCUCUACGUGGACGAUGCAGAUGAUGCAGCGCUUCGAGAAGGGUCAGGCACGAGCCCGCGAGAUUGACAUGUUGCAGGAGCUGACCAAGCAAGUCGAGGGCCAUACUAUCUGUGCACUGGGCGAGGCCUUCGCGUGGCCGAUUCAGGGCCUGAUCCGGCAUUUCCGGCCAGAGCUCGAGAAGCGUGUGCAGGAGUACAAGGCUCAAGUGGGAGCCGAGGCGCUGAGUGGCGGUUGGGACCACGAUGCGGGAAAGAAGGGCCUGUUGACUUCGCCUGGGCAGUAG